GAGUCGAAGUCAGAAUAAAUCUACGUUAUAGUUUGAGUAUAAGCAGUCAUUUUCUUUCGACGUCUUGUUUUCAAACAGCCCUCUCAGCUCGUCUCCUUCCCAUAAUGCCUUGCGCUUGUCCGUCUUUGAAAAACCGGCGCGGCUAAUUCAAGAUGGCGGAGCACGAGCAGCUGUUGGACGAGAGCUCUUCAGCUAAGGCUCUUGUCAGCCUGAGAGAGGGAAGUUUGUCGAACACCUUAAAUGAGAAAAACAUCCUGUCAAAAUCUCAGAACACCAGAGGAAGGAGCAGCUACACGAGUAUGGAAACGCCAACAAGAAGCUCAAAGAGAAGUCGUUUUUCCUCUGAAGACGAGGAGCGGUCUCUCAGCUCCAGAUCCCCCAGGAGGAGCCAGAGAGUCACCACCGUUCCUCAGAAACUUGCAAGUGUCGCAACGCCAGAUAAAAAAACCUCACAGAAGAUUGGACUGAGAUUACGAAAUCUGCUCAAGCUACCCAAAGCGCACAAAUGGUGCAUCUACGAGUGGUUCUAUUCGAAUAUUGACAGACCUUUAUUUGAGGGCGAUAACGACUUCUGUUUGUGCCUGAAGGAGUCUUUCCCUAAUCUAAAAACCAGGAAGUUGACCAGAGUGGAAUGGGCAACCAUCAGACGACUAAUGGGCAAACCCAGGAGGUGCUCUUCUGCGUUCUUUGCUGAGGAGCGAACGGCGCUGAAGCAGAAGAGACAGAAGAUGCGUCUGUUGCAGCAGAGAAAAAUCACAGACAUAUCACUUUGCAAAGAUCUGCCAGAGGAAAUCCCUUUGCCGUUAGUCAUCGGCACUAAAGUCACCGCUCGACUGAGGGGCGUACAGGAUGGCCUGUUCACCGGACAGAUCGACGCAGUGGACACGAGUGCAGCGACGUAUCGCGUCACCUUUGACAGAAGUGGGCUUGGUACACACACAGUUCCAGACUAUGAAGUGCUUAGUAACGAGCCUCCGGAGACGAUGCCCAUAUCUGCUUUCGCUCAGAAACAGCGUCCGUCACGCUUCCCGAACUUCAUGACUCCACCACGGGGACCGUAUCCUGGUUCAACCCAACCCAUCUUAAUGGACAGCGAUCCUCUCUUUAGUCAGUCGCCCUGGAAGAAUAAACUGACUGGAAGUGACGGAGAGACACUCGGAGGAUUUCCUGUCAAAUUUCUCAUACAAGUCACACGAUUGUCCAAAAUACUCAUGAUUAAAAAGGAACACAUAAAACAUUUAAAGGAGAUGAACACCGAAGCUGAAAAACUGAAGUCCUACUCCAUGCCUAUCGGAUUGGACUUCCAGAGGAGGUACGCUACCAAAGUACUGGAUCUGGAGCAGCUUAAUAAAGACCUGAACAAAGUUCUGCAUGAGGUCCAGCAGUUCUGUUAUGAACUGGCCCCGGAUCAAGGCAUGCAGCCUGCGGAUCAGCCCAGUGAGCUGCGGAGACGCUGCGAGGAGGAAGCCCAGGACAUGAUGAGGCUGUCCAACGCUCUGCCUGACGGAGAACAGCGCGUCCAGAACCCUGGACUCACGCAGAUCGUUUCCCGUCUCACUGCGCUCCUGCUGCAGAUCAGGUGCUUGGCAGAAGGUGGUGACCUGAAUUCAUUUGAAUUCAAAUCAUUAACCGACUCCCUGAACGACAUUAAGAACUCAAUAGACAACUCCAACCUCAGUUGUUUCCAAGACAACGUAGAGAUCCACGUAGCGCACAUCCAGAGCGGCCUGAGUCAGCUGGGGAACCUGCACGCUUUCUCCGCCAACAACACCAACAGAACGUGACCGAUCCAGAACCCUCGGUCUUAAACACGGACCGAAAACAAAACCCGAAGCAGGACGAGCUUCGACCAAGGAGCCAUUUUGAAUCCCACAAAUGUCUUAAACAAGCGCGACAAGCACGCGGGCACUAGAACAGCACACAGGAGAGUCGUUAGUAGCGCGUUAUUUCUUCUGUGCGUCGGUAUGUUUAUAACGGAUAAACACAGGGUAACGUUGAUCACAUUCGCCCUGUCUUAAUCAUACUCUUUAAGUUCCCUUUACAUCUAUGACUGUUUCGUCUAGAGGCUUGCUCAGUUUCGGUUCUUAUUUAUUUUUCUCCCAGCGUUUUAUUUUACGCUUCCUUCAAAAAAAACACACACACAAAAAAAAACCCCCUACAGUUUCAGGUGUCUAAGACAGAAGAGAUUUUUGAAUGUGUAUAUUGUAGAUAACUGUACAGUUUAUUGAGGAAUCGGACGUGUAUGUACGGACGUUUUGUAAGUAAUUUUAAGUAUUUUUGUAAAGAGACGAAUUCGAUGGAGGUGUAGACGUAAACGGUGUAAAAACGGUAACGAUCAGAUUGUUCUCUUCCUCCGUGUUUAAACUUCGCCAAUACCUUUGCGUAUCUUCCAUUAUUUUGGGUUCGGGAAGUUUACUUUUAAAUGAUUUCCACCAUUCAUUUUUUUUUAUUUUAUUUUAUUUAACUGGUAUGUGUAAAUGUAUAUACGUUUUAUUCAUUUCUAAUUAAACAUUACACACAGAA